AUGCACAUCACUUGGAAGAGACUAAGAUUAGUGUGUCGUGACAACCUGGGCCCUUGCACUACAAAACAAAUUUCAACCGCCGACAGGACAGUGAUGGGGCGCGCCGGGGAGGUGACCUUUGAUAGGGUGGAGCUGGCCGAGGAGACAGCCGAAUCGUUGCUGGAUCGAUUUUGCAAGACGCGCUUGCUUUGGCUCCGUCUCGAUGAGUCAACCUCGCACGGAACUGAUGCUCUCCUCGGGCUCCUGAGAGCGGUGGCUCGCGGCGGAGAGCCAGCCACAAGGGAGUGGUCCGUCGAGAAUGCCGCGCGCGCUAAAGGGCUAGACGAUGCCUUGGAGGUCAUUGAGAAGCUGACGCGACGAUUACAGGGAAAAACGGUGGAUAUGCCAUCGCAAUUCUACUGCUCCACCGUGUUGGGCUCAGAGGUCGCAGCGAAGCUGAAGGAAGCGGCGCCCACAGCCGUCUCCGAGCCAGGUUUCUUGGGGAGAUCCCUCCCUCAGGGCGGCUGUAUUUGGAUUUUCAUGGGUUUGAACGAUACAGGUACCGCAAAGCAAAACAACAAACGCCCCGCGGAAACGAACGAAGCGGACGACGGAGAGAACUUGGCGGGACGACCUGAGCACACAGACUCAGUCGCGUGCUCCGGGACGUACCACCAUCAAAUCUCCGGGGAAAAAAUAUGGUACUUGAGACCGUGCGUUGACGCCUCCGCCUGGGAAGACUCACCGGCGCCGCUGCUCCCGAGCGGCCGCAGGCGGCUCAGACUACAUUGUGAGGAAAACGACCUGCUACUAAUAGAUACGCGCGCGUGGUGGCACGAGACGGCGCUUCCCCGUGGCUCGCGACCCAGCGUCUCGUAUGCGCGUGAGUUCUUCUUGCCCGACGAACACGGCGGCGAGGAGAACGCGGCGGCUGCUGCCGAGAGGGCCGACCGCUUCACUAACGUUGACGCGAUGUACGCGGAGAGACCGAUAUCGGCGGGCGACAUCGUGGUGACGGAACUGGACGACCCGACGUGCGAGGCUGGACGGUCCGACGACCCCAACUGUGUCCUCUGCGAUGUGGAGGUUGAGACGAAGCGAGGGGAGGUGAGGAGCGUGAUGGGCAUCGUCGCCGUGAGGGAUAUCCCCGCGGGUGAUUUCAUCACCAUCGCUCCGAGCGACUCUGAAGAAGACGAGGGUGACGAAGAUGAUGAAGGGUGA